CACUGUAUAUUUGUUACUCCCCUGCAGUCACAUUCACAAAUGGCUCUGAUCCUAGCAAGAGCUGCCACAGUUAACUUCAACUGGCAUCAAACAUAGGAUACUUUCUACAUAUUUUACGGGAGAAAUGGAGGGUGAACAUGACAAAGAAGAGUUUGGAAAUAUGUGCUUCCACAGUCCACACAAAGAUAGCAGGGAUCCACACAGCAGGACAGACAGAAUAACAGACUCUGUAUCACCAACACAUAUGUCCUCUCCAUCAGCUGACCUUCCUCUGUAUGAGACCAGCAAAAAUGGCACAUCAUUGGCUCCUUCAUUUUCAUCAGAAAAUAUCAGACUAGGAAAAGAAGAUGAGAGGCAAGUUGCAUUCCCAGCAGCUACAGAUUUGUCACAUUCAACUUCAGAUCGAAUUCGCAACAUUGCACUGAGAAAAUUGCAACUUAAUGG